CCGCUUCAGCGCUGUGAGUCAACUGGAGAAAGGAUAAAGUGUCCAAACACAGAGAAAAACUGAAGCGCUACUGAAGCGACUGAUCUCCACACAGUUAUAAAGAUGGCGUUUAUUAAAGAGGAGAGUGAAGAUGUGAAGAUUGAAGAAACAUUCACAGUCAAACAUAAAGAUCUGCAGGAACAAACAGACCUAAUUGAAGAGAAUGAGGGGAAUAAAGAGGAGAAACAUCAUGUCAAAAUUGAGGAAAAAACUCAUUUACAGACUGAUGGUAGUUUGAAAAGGAGAGACGAAAAUCGUUUCACCUGCACUGAGUGUGGAAAGAGUUUGGCAAGCAAAAGCAAACUUAAGAUUCACAUGAUGAACCACACUGGAGAGAAACCAUUCACAUGCACUCAGUGUGGGAGGAGUUUUAACUGCUCAUCACACCUCAAUAAACACAUGAGGAUCCACACUGGAGAGAAACCAUUCACAUGCACUCAGUGUGGGAAGAGUUUCAGUUGCUCAUCAUACCUUAAUCUACACAUGAGGAUCCACACUGGAGAGAAACCAUUCACAUGCACUCAGUGUAGGAAGAGUUUUAACCAAGCAUCGUCCCUUAAUCAACACAUGAGGAUCCACACUGGAGAGAAACCAUUCGCAUGCACUCAGUGUGGGAGGAGUUUUAACUGCUCAUCACACCUUAAUAAACACAUGAGGAUCCACACUGGAGAGAAACCAUUCACAUGCACUCAGUGUGGGAAGAGUUUCAGCCAAUCAUCAUCCCUUAAUCAACACAUGCGGAUCCACACUGGAGAAAAACCAUUCACAUGCACUCAGUGUGGGAAGAGUUUCAGCCAAUUAUCAUCCCUUAAUCAACACAUGCGGAUCCACACUGGGGAGAAACCAUUCACAUGCACUCAAUGUGGGAAGAGUUUCAGCAAAUCAUCAGACCUUAAUAAACACAUGAAGACCCACACUGGACAGAAACCAUUCACAUGCACUUAGUGUGGAAAGAGUUUCAACCGAUCUGCAAACCUUAAUGAACACAAGAUCCACACUGGUGUGAAAGAGUAUAUGUGCUUUAAGUGUGAGAAGACUUUUAUUACAGCUCCAAAAUUUUAACUGCACCAGACGAUUCACACGGGAGAGACCAGACAAAUGUACACACUGUGAUGAGGUUUAAUCAGUUAACACUUCUGAAAACACAAAAGAGGAUUCACACUGGAGAAACCGUACAGAUCUGAUCUGUGUCUACAGGGUUUCGCUCAUUCGGCGCAGCUUAAGAAACACAUGGACAAAAAGUUGCACACAUGACAUGUAUGCAGCAAAACAUUUUCUCAUGUGCACAGGACGUUUCACGUCUGAAUAAUGUUUGGAAAGGCUGAGUGAUGGUAUACUGUUUUCCAACACUCCUACACUGCAAUGAUGUGUUGCACUCCUCGCGUUUAGCAUAAACGCAAUAAUAAUAAUAAUACUAAUAAUAAUAAUUAUUAGUAUUAUUAUAACCUUUAUUUUACCAGAAAAGAUACAUUGGUUUUAAAUAUCUUUUACAAGAGUGUCCUGGCCAAGUUUAGGCAGUACACGUCACAUUGGUCUAACAGACAACAAACAAAAAACAAUGCAGAGUUCAGACUGCAUGAUUUUCAAAGUAGUCGUGUCACAGAUGUUUUCACACUGCAUGACUAUCUGACCUAGCGUUUUGUCACUGCUUUGUUUACACUGCAAGAUGGAUCAGAAUAGAAAGAAUGAAUAGAAAGAAUCGCUGACAACUUCGUCCAAACUACGUCUCACAGCCGAAAACACGUAGUUUAUCUUUUGUUAUUAACUACAUAACGCGAAAAAAGCCUUUAAUGGUGUAGAAAAUGUACAUAUUUGCUCACCUGGGUUUGAAGGGAAUCAGCAAUUUCUCCUCAACUUUCUUUAACUUUCUGUAUGAAACGUCAAACAGACAUGGGUGCUCCUGUCAAACCUCAAUUUCUUUGGUCCAAAUAAACAAAAAAUUAGCAAA